AUGAAGACUGUCAUCCUCAUUGGAGCCAAUGGUACCAUGGGCAAGGCCGCCCUCACAGGUUUGGGUAAGCAUAAGGUCAUUACUGCUGGACGGAGCAAGGGAUACGACUUCAACGUGGAUCUCACUGACGAGAAUUCGAUCGCUGAGCUCUACAAGGCUGUGGGUGAGUUCGAUGCAGUCGUCAACACCGCAGGUAUGUGUAAGUACGCCAACUUGAAGGACAUGACCACGGAGCAGUGGAGCACAACUGUAAACAGCAAGAUGAUGGGCCAGAUCAACUUGGUAAAAAUUGGCCUUGACUACAUCAAAGACAACGGAUCCUUCACCUUGAUUACGGGAAUCUUAAACAAGAAACCGAUCCCCACGGCCAUUGCCGAUGCCACUACCAGUGGCGCCAUUGAUACUUUCGUUCAGUGCGUCGCCCAUGAGCUGCCCCGCGGCAUUCGAAUCAACUCGGUCAACCCGACUGUCUUGGAGGAGGCAUGGGAGGUCUACGGUGAAAUGAUGCCUGGCUUUCAGCCGGUGCCUGGUGCUCUUGUUGGGAAAGCGUUUGAACGUUCCGUCGACGGCUUUAUUACGGGCCAAGUGUUGGUUGUGGAUGCUUAA